GAGCAUCAUGUCUCAUCAAAACAUUAAGAGUCCAAGAUUCCAAAAUUUCUAUAUUAUUGGUGUGAUCUCUGCAGUUCUGAUAUUUGGAUCAUUAGUAGAAUGCAGAGUACCAAGUAGUUCUAAAUUGAACAAUUUUGAUUACACUGCUAUCAAUUGCAGAAAACACAGUGCAAUUUUGACAGAUUUCGGUGCUGUUGGUGAUGGAAAAACCCUCAACACAAAAGCAUUUAAUUCAGCAAUAACCAAACUUAGCCAAUAUGCAAAUGAUGGUGGUGCAUUACUUAUUGUUCCACCUGGUAAAUGGUUAACUGGUAGUUUCAAUCUCACAAGCCAUUUCACUCUUUUUCUUCAAAAAGAUGCUGUCAUUCUUGGAUCUCAGGAUGAAGCAGAUUGGCCUGAACUUCCUGUGUUACCGUCUUAUGGACGAGGAAGAGAUGCACCUGAUGGACGGUUUAGUAGUCUCAUUUUUGGAACUCAUCUCACUGAUGUUAUAAUUACUGGUAACAAUGGAACAAUUGAUGGACAAGGAUCUUAUUGGUGGGACAAGUUAAAAAAGGAAGAACUUAAACUCACAAGGCCAUACUUGAUUGAGAUUAUGUAUUCUGAUCAAAUCCAAAUAUCAAAUCUCACUUUGAUCAACUCUCCAUCUUGGAAUGUCCAUCCAAUUUACAGCAGUAACAUAAUUGUAAAUGGACUUACCAUUCUUGCACCAGUAGACUCUCCAAACACAGAUGGAAUAAACCCUGAUUCAUGUACAAAUGUUAGGAUUGAAGACAACUACAUUGUAUCUGGUGAUGAUUGUAUUGCAAUAAAAAGUGGAUGGGAUGAAUAUGGAAUCAAAUUUGGAAAGCCGUCACAAAAAAUAAUCAUUAGAAGGCUAACAUGUAUAUCUCCUGAUAGUGCUAUGAUUGCAUUAGGUAGUGAAAUGUCUGGUGGAAUUCAAGAUGUUAGAGCUGAAGACUUAACUGCCAUCAACACAGAAUCAGCUGUUAGAAUCAAAUCGGCUGUCGGUAGAGGUGGAUUCGUGAAGGACAUUUUUGUUAAAGGAUUGAAUUUGAACACAAUGAAAUAUGUGUUUUGGAUGACUGGUUCUUAUGGACAACACCCUGAUGACAAGUUUGAUCCAAAAGCAUUGCCGGAGAUUAAUGGAAUAAAUUUUAGAGAUAUUACAGCUAAGAAUGUGACGAUUGCGGGACAACUCGAAGGAAUUUCUAAUGAUCCUUAUACAGGAAUAUGUAUUUCUAAUGUGACUAUCGAAAUGAGUAAUGUAGAAAAGGUAGAGAAGGUACCAAAGAAGAAGCUUCCAUGGAAUUGUACUGAUAUUUCUGGAUUUACAAGUAAUGUGGUUCCUCAACCAUGUUCAUUGUUGCCAGAGAAAGAGAAAUUGGAAUGUCCUUAUCCAAGUGACAAAUUGGCCAUUGAAAGUGUUAAGUUCAAGACUUGUUCCUUCAAAAGUUAGUGUUAUUUGAUAAUUAUAUGGAUAUAAAAUUUGUACUUUAAAGCUAUUAUAUAGUGGGUAUGUUUGUUUAAGCUUUAAAAAGAGUGAUUGUUUUUGAAAAAAAUCUAGGGAUUUUUUUUAGAGAUUUUGAAGAAAAUCUAAUGCUAUUUUCCAUUUGUUUACAAUUUAUAAAAAUCUAUUUUCUUAGAAAAUAGUUUUUUAAAAAAAAUCAAUUUUGAAGAAAACUACUGAAAAUAAUGAUAUAUGGAGCAA